UGCUUGUAUCCCUUCAUCGCCUCCCCCUGCCUUCCAUAUCCUUGGUCUUCAUUAACUUCGACCACCCGUUUGAGCCCUAAUCUGUUAUCCUUGCAAAAGGCCAAGCAUAUCCCGACCAUUGACUUCUUCAGCUAGUCAAUUAGUUAACUAUUAAUCAUCGAUUUCGUGCCAGGAACGUUGUGCGAACAGGCAGAUGGUUUCUUCAGCGCCUGCACCAUUGAUCAACCCUUCAGUUUCUUACGCUGAACGUGUAAAACAGGCUCAUUCUCCUCGCUCUCCGAACCUUGUUCGGAACUCUCUUGGAGACUGUUCAGCCGUCCCCGGCGCGUCUGGAGUAUCUUCCUCUGCGUCACCACCAUCGAAUGCCACGCCCCAAUUACCCAAACCGCUUAGUUCGGUGGAAGCGACGGGCAGAUACCAGGCUGGCGCUUCCGAUUUUCCAGAACUACCCACCGAGGUGUCUCCACAGAACGCUGUGAAGGAUUAUAAUGGGUCAACGAACCAUGUAGAUCCAAAUGUCCACAACGUGUCAAAGGCGGCGCCUGCUGUGAAUGUAUGGACAGAACGUUUGAAAGAACAGAUGGCACUUGCACACGUACACCAACCUCAGAGACAGCCAAGGGCAAUAGUCACAUCUUCUGUCGGAGCGCCUUCAGUCCAUCCCAGGCUAAGACCCAUCGUCAUGGGUACUUCCCCACAUCCACUAGAUGUUCCAAACACUACAUCAUCAGCUUCCACAUCUCGUUCGAGUCCAUCACAGGCAAUUUCCCUCAAUGGAGACGAUGAUGCCCAUGAUCCUUUUGUCGUGCGCAUACCUUCACACCUUUCUCGACACUCGUCCUCCGUGUCUAUCCAUCUAUUAAAUGACAGUGAUUCGUCUAGUUGGCUAGAGGUCGUAAAACCUCCAUCUAUUGACAUUGGAGAAAAUGGCGGUGUCGAGAAGUCCGGAAGGUCAGAAGGCCACCCAGUUGCAUCAAAUUCAGCUGACCUGUCCAGAAAGAAUAGCGUUGAUUCUACCCGACAUCAAAGUGAUUCAAGGUCACCAUCAGCUCAAAUGUCUCGUCUAAACAACAGAAAUGUAUUCGAGAUAAACUCUACGGGUUCGCACUCGGUACCCUACUCGCGAGUAGAAAGUCAAGCUGGGAGUUCGUCUUCGAGUCCUCAGCUACAAGUACGAGGAAAGAGACUACCGGAUGAUGAUCCGAAUGUAGUAUAUGACCUUCGUCCUGAGGUUCCAAAGAUUCCCUAUAAUCCACCGCGUAUGAAUUCAAGGGUCUCAGAGAGGACUGCAUACCACCAUCAUCAUCACAGUUUUUCUCAUCCUCCUACCGAUAUUGCAUCACAUUAUUUCAGAUCUCCGCCCAUGCCACCCACUAUUGACGCACCACUCCAUCCUGCAUGCCUGUCGCCGCUACCUCCGGCCAUUCGACAUCCGUACGUUCUGCCCAACCAGAGCUACCCAAGUCCUAUUACAGGGCACGCCUCUCCUACAUACGCGGGUUCGCGCCCUCCCUCUGGAGCUGGUACUCCGCCAUACCCGGUAUAUCCUCCAUACACAGCGAGAUGCGGAUACUGCCAUUCGCAGAUACCGUGGGAUGGGUACGUUCCCCCAAUCCACCCCCGCCCCGUUCCUGGCUAUCCUUCCCCGUUCCUGCAGGAUGAAUAUACUGUGCCCUCGCCGAUGCAUCUUCCAUUCAUCAAUCCACCGUUUCCAGGCACAACUGAGCCAUUACCGAACACUCGGCCCACGCAGGGUGUGCCACAGAGUGUGCGUCAGCCUGAGAGCUCGCAAGACUCACCUUCGCCUCCUGCUAUGGUUCCACGACAUAUGGUGUUUGGGAGCAUCGAUCAGGCACCGAACGAAAAGAAGGCUCCUGGGAAGGAGUCCAUCGACCGAGUAGUGGAACAGUUCUCUGGCUUUGCCAUCGGCAUUACGCCCGGCGAACCAGUGCCAUCUCGUCAAAGCAAUAGAAAACAAUCGACUAAAAGUCUCUCAAGGCCCCCUGCGAGUCCCGUAGCGGAAUCUACGGACAAUGCGAACGCAACCGAUGAUGCGCCUCAGGAAGGGCAAAAGGUGGUUGAUGAACGACCAAAUACUGCUGCUGGGGAAGACGCUGCAGCCCCUAGUAAGAAGUGGGUGUUUGGAACGACAUCGAAGUAUCACAGUCUGAAUGAGGGUGGUCCGUCGGAGGAUUCACGGAGCGCGUCAUCUGAUCGUCCACCUCCCCCUGCCGAACCUGCGCAACCAGUUGCUACUCUACCUGGCCAGCAUUCACCUGUCGCGACGUCCGCAACACAACUUUCCAGGAACGAGAAACUUGUCACCCCGCCAAUCGAUACGUCACAAGCCGGACCGUCAAUCCUGAACUCUGAGGAUGGUUCUGCUACGAGCGACGUCUGGGAGGUCAAGGACUAUGGAUAUGGAUUCGGCGACGUGAGCGGCACAGAUAAUGCCACUGACAUUAUUCGCCGCGCCAGGGAAGCUCGGGAGAUGCAGCGACAGCUGGAGUGGCAGAAGGAGCGGGCGCAGAUACAGCUGCAGAAGGAACGGGAGCAACAGCUCGAAGUACAGGAGGCCUUUACCUCGCACACGUGGCAGGAAGCACAUGAAGAAACGGAGGCGUGGGACCAAGUUAGAGAUUCUGGACGUGGGCGACCCCGUCGAGGCUCCUGGGCUAGCACCUAUGUGCCACACGAGCGGGGCGGUUAUGGGGGUCGACGAGCUCGAGGAUUUGGUGGUCGCUAUCAAGGCCGACAUCCUGGCCGUGGAGGUUACCACCACCAACAACGAUCUUCGAUAUCUCUCACGCCGCCUCCACAGUUUAAUCCUUUACUGCCCCCCGGUGCCGAAUAUAUGAAUGGUUACGUUCCGCACAUACCAUCUUAUACACCUCCCGACUACGAACUGUACCACCCCGUUCCAGUCACCAUACCUGUGAACAGCGCACCUCCCAUCCCUAUGCCACAGUCGGCAUUGCCAUUCCCUCUGGAUCCGACACGGUCGUGUCUUCUUGGCCAGUUGGAGUACUAUCUAAGCCCUCAGAACAUGGCACAGGACUUCUACCUCCGGCAGCGGAUGGAUGAUCAGGGAUGGAUACCCAUUUCACUGAUAGCCUCCUUCAACAGGGUGAGGAAGCUUACCACAGAGGAGCUGCUCGUGCGCGACGUGCUCAACCUGUCCAGCUUGACUGAGGUCAAGGGCGAAUAUGUUCGGAUGGCCACGGAGCAGUGGAAGCAGUUCGUCUUGCCCAAUGCUCCGAGGAGCAUCGUGUGUUAUCCGGUCGAAUCCGAGACAAAAGAGCCUCAAGCUGCUUAUGCUCAAGUUCAGGAUAGUGAGAUAGAAGAAGAGGGUGAUACAUAUGCGGAGGAUGACGAUGAAGAAGACAUCGUCUUCGUCAUUGGCGAAGAAGCGGAAGGCUCCUGGGCGCCAGCAGCAUCGGAAAGCACUUAAUCCCUGGAAUUGCGUUCAGUGACUCUUUAAAACUCGUUCUCGAAGGAAGUUCAUACCCUUACCCGCGCGCACAUUUCAGUGCGUCCGCGGACAGGUGAUCCUAUUGAUUUUACAUAUUCUUUAUCACAUCAGGAUGGUCGGUCUGUAUCCUCGUGUUUCUCCAUCGCUAACAUUUUUGCUUCAUAUGCAUGCUUACACAGUAAUGUUUUCUUCACGGCAGUAUCAUCCUCGCAUAUCAUAUCAUCGUUCAAU